AUUUUUACCCAUCAAACGAGACAACCCACAGGGCAUACAUGAGCGGCGUCGACCUGGGAAUAAUCAAUACGGAAAAAUAUCCACUGCAAACAUUCCAGAGGGACGAACGAAAUAUCUUUAGGAAUAUUUAUACAGAAUAUAUUGCGUUGAACGAUACUCUGCCACUUAAAUAUGACGAAUGGCUCAUUAUGAACAACUUCGGCCUACUACCGGAUACCCAGGAAUCUUUGUAUCAAAGGAAAAUGAGCAAGCGAAGCGUUGCGGAUAACAAGCGCCGCUUCAUCAAUACAGUGAGGAAAGGUGAUAUUCUUAUAACCGGUCGUGGUAUAGGUGGAUUGGUGGCACAUGCAGCGAUCAUGACGACCGACAACUGGGUGUUAGAAAUGAAAGGUGGGGAUGGGUGGCAGAACGGGAUAAAGGACAACAACCGACAAGUCAAGAAAGACAAGUGGUUCGACGAACACCGCUCUGAUUGGACGACGGUGUACCGUUGCAAAAGUGGUGCCGCAGCGAGCGAAGCCGCGGUAUGGGCCGACCACACUUACUACAACCCGAGCGGCGGUACAUUAAAAACCAGGCACAUCACGUACAAAAUAACCACGGAUAUAUGGUCUACCAAUCCGAGCUACUGUUCCAAGCUCGUGGUACAAGCGUAUUACUUUGGGACGGGAAAAAGGAAAGUUGUAAAAGAUCUGUCGCUCAUUGGUCGAAUCAUCGUACCCACUACUAUAUCAAAUUAUUUUCUUAGCCCAUACACUUUGGUUAAUAAAGGAAAAUAUUAAAAGUUUGUCUAGAAUUAAGCUUGAAAAUAAAAUGUUACAAGUACCAUCCUAGUGUACUUAUAAACAUCGUAUAAUUAAACAGCAGCGGCGAAGAGUUCAUGCAAGCCGAUUCCCGCCGGGAUACCUUUAAAAUCCAUGCAUAUUCAUAUUGUUUCUCACAUAUCUACAGAUGUAUCUGUGGAUAUAUGAGAACCGGAAUACCGGAGUUAAUACCACGCUGAAUAAAUUUCCUUUUCUUUGGGACGGUUUAGCUUCGUCUAAAUUCCAUCCAUCAUGAUCAUUAACUGCCGAUGGACGACCACUGCUGGACAUAGGCCUCUAGCAUAAACUUCCAAAUACCGCGGUCUCGAAUCAACCAGCGGCUCCCUGCAACCACCAAUCUUUGGUCCACCUAUUAGGGGGUCAACCAACACUGCGCUUUCCUGUGUGGGGUCGCCAUUCCAGCACCUUGGGACCCCAACGUCCAUCUGCUCUUCGAACUAUAUGCCCUUACUAUUGCCACUUUAGCUUCGCGACUCGCUGAGCGAAGUCAGUGACUUUGAUUCUUCUACGGAUCUCUGCAUUUCUGAGUCGAUCAUCACAAUAACUAGGAAGUAUUUUUAUUAAAAUAAGAUACCUAAGUAUUUUUUUAUAGAAUAAAACUACUUUUUAUAGAGGUUUUUUUUUUAUUUUUCGCUAAUUCUCUUCACAG